AUGAGUUCUCCAGUGAACGUGAAGAAGCUGAAGGUGUCGGAGCUGAAAGAGGAGCUGAAGAAGAGGCGGCUGAGCGAUAAGGGGCUGAAGGCCGAUUUGAUGGAGAGGCUGCAGGCCGCUUUGGACGACGAAAUGGAGGCCGGCGGAGGGGUGGUUAGCGCGGUGGCAGACGAAGGGUCCGAUGCCGCGGAAGGAGCGGACAUGGAGGCCGGCACUGGGGAGGAGGAAGAAGAGGAGGACGAGGAAGGGAUGGAGGUAGGCGGGGAGAAUGGCGGCGAUGCGGAGCAGGAGGAGGCCAACGAGGAGGAGGAGGCCGCCGGCCUGGAUGAUGAGAAUGGAGACGAUCAGGGCUUCCAGGAGGGCGAGGAGGAAGAAGAGGAGGACGAGGGGAUCCCUGUGGGCUUGGAAGAGGAGGAGGAAGAUGAAGAGAGCGCCAACGAGAACGGCCGCGCCAAAGAUCAAGCCAAGCAGGAAGCCGAGAGUGUGCCCAGCGGGCCCCGACCCCUCAUGGCCAUCAAGGUUGACGAGGCCGGAGCGGCAGGCAGAGGUGGCGAAGGCAAGGAGAAAGAUAAGAAAAGAGGCGUGAAAAGGCCACGAGAAGAUCAUGGACGUGGUUAUUUUGAGUACAUUGAAGAAAACAAAUACAGCAGAUCCAAAUCACCCCAACCACCAGUUGAUGAGGAGGAUGAAAAGGUGGAUGACACAAAUGUUCUUCUCGACACAUAUAACUGUGACCUACAUUUCAAAAUUUCCCGGGAUCGCUUAAGUGCCUCUUCCCUCACUAUGGAGAGUUUUGCUUUUUUGUGGGCUGGUGGCAGGGCUACAUAUGGUGUCUCUAAGGGCAAAGUAUGCUUUGAAAUGAAGGUUACAGAAAAGAUUCCAGUAAAGCAUCUGUAUGCUAAAGACCUUGAAGUUCAUGAAGUGCGUGUUGGUUGGUCCCCAAGUUCAUGCAGUUCUAUAUUGGGUGAAGAGGAACAUUCUUAUGGUUAUUCCUUGAAAGGAUCCAAAUAUUCCAAUGGUGCAGCAGAAGACUAUGGCGAGAAGUAUGAUGAGAAUGAUGUGAUCACUUGUUUGGCUAAUUUUGAUGGUGAUGAGUUGGAGCUGUCUUAUGCAAAAAAUGGUCAGGAUCUUGGAGUGGCUUUUAAAGUAGACAAAGAAGCUCUUGCCGAAAAGGAUCUCUUCCCUCAUGUCCUUUGUCACAACUGUGCUGUAGAAUUCAACUUUGGCCAGCAGGCUGAGCCUUUCUUCCCAGUCCCUGAAGGAUAUACAUUUAUUCAGAAUGUUGCACUGGAAGACCGUGUGAGAGGACCUCUAGGACCCGAACAGAAAAAAGAUUGUGAAGUAAUCAUGAUGAUUGGUUUGCCUGGAGCUGGAAAAACAUCAUGGGUAACAAAGCAUACAGCAGAAAAUCCUGGAAAGUAUAAUGUCCUUGGAACAAAUAACAUCAUGGAAAAAAUGAUGGUUGGUAAUAAAAAGACAACUGACCCUUCCAAGCUAAAUGCUUUGCUUCAGAGGGCUCCACAAUGCCUUAGCAAGUUCAUUGAAAUUGCAGCUCGUAAGAAGAGAAACUACAUUCUUGAUCAAACCAAUGUGUCUGUGGCUGCUCAGAGGAGGAAAAUGUGCCUGUUUGCAGGCUUUCAACGUAAAGCUGUUGUAGUGUGCCCAAGUGAUGAGGUGUACAAGGAAAGGACACAGAAAAAGUCUGAAGCAGAGGGAAAAGACCUUCCAGAGCAUGCGCUACUUAAAAUGAAAGGGAAUUUUACUCUGCCAGAAGCCAGUGAGUGUUUUGAUGAUAUAAAGUUAUGCGGAACUGCCAAAAGAAGAAGCUGAGAAACUUGUAGAGCAGUACAAAGAAGAAAGCAAGAAAGCUCUUCCUCCCGAAAAGAAGCAAAAUGUUGGAUCUAAGAAAGUAAACAAGAACAAAAAUAACAAAUCCAGAGGUGGUAUGCCGCACGGACAUGGAGGGCACAGAGGUCGUGGAGGUGGAGGGUUUAAUAUGCGCGGUGGAAACUUCCGUGGUGGAGCCCCAAUGAACCGUGGAGGAUUCAACAGGAGGGGUGGUAACAUGCCACAGCGUGGGGGUGGAGGGGGUGGAGGAGGAGCAGUUGGAUACCCAUAUCCUCGUGCACCAGUCUAUCACCAAAGAGGAGGGUAUGGUAACCGUGGAAACUUUAGUCGCGGUGGUGGAGGUGGUGCUGGAAUGCCCAACCGUGGAAACUACAACCAGAAUUUUAGAGGAAGGGGAGGCAACCGUGGUUUUAAAAACCAUUCUCAGGGGUACAACCAGUGGCAGCAACAGGGCCAAUACUGGGGUCAAAAGCCAUGGAGCCAGCAGUACCACCAAGGAUAUUAUUGA